GCUACAAAAGAUCAAGUCCAAAUGGUAAUUGGCUCUUGGUCAGGUGUAAACGGCAUGUCUUCCGAACCACCAAGGAGACUCAAGCAGGAAGGUCCUAAGUGUUGUGCUCUGAUUUUCUCAACUCGUCUUCCUGUACUUUUCUCUCAAACGUUUACUGACCAGGUACUCUACAAUCAGGUCCUUCAGCCAGAUCUUUUCCAUCAGCAGCUUAUUACAUUCUCGGCCCAGCUUACUAAAAUGGGCUAA